AUGAGCGCGCUGAACCCCUUCAUCGCGAACGGAACCUGCUUCCACGGGCCCGACGAGGCGGUAGAAGAGUGGCUCCCAUGCGGCAACGUCGUCUUUGGCGACAAGUCCUGCUGCCAGGCCGGCGACAUGUGCCUGUCGAGCCGCGCUUGUUACAACGGCCGCUUCGGAAUCACUUACCUCGCCGGUUGCAGCGACCCCGAGUAUCGCCACCCGAGCUGCCCGGACAAGGGCGCAUUCAGCGACCAACCGUGGGCCGGCCUGGUGUACUGCAACGGCACGUCGGAAGAAUGGGUUGCAUGCGAGCAGUCCGCGCGGCCGACGACCCUCACCUCGGCCGACGCGUGCUGGUGCCCGCAGACGUCCCGCACCGUCGCCUUCGCCGACGCGGCGACGCUCCGCAACGUCGUCCAGCUGCCGACAGCCCUGGGCGGUAGCGUCAUAUGGCAGCCCGGCUUCGUCCCGAUGCCGACACAGCCUAGCGGAGCGGCCCCGCCGGCGGCCACCCCAACGAGUGACCCGAUGACGACAUUUGCGAAGAUUACAACGACGAGAGCAGCCGGAUCGAGUUCACUGCCGCAAGCGACAGACACCGGGACGAGUCCGGACGGCGCAGACGCCGGGCUAAGUACGGGCGCCACGGUCGGCGCUGCCGUCGGCGGCACCGGCGGAGGCGUAUUAUUGCUCGCCGUCAUCGUCUACCUGUGCCGUAAGUGGCGUGAGUCCCGGACUAGAACGCCGGCGGAACGAGAACACGCAGAGAUGGACGGUACGGGGCCCGGACUCCUGGAGUGGAAGCCGGGCUCGCGCAAAUCCAGCGCGAGGACGGGGCAGACGGCCGAGCUGGAGUCGCCCGCCGCGGCGCGGCCCAUGUCGGAGCUGGACAACACGCAGAUCGUACGGUACGGGUUCCGCCACGACAAUUUCCAGGCGACGGGAACGAGACCGAUGGGUCCCAUUGCCGAAUUGCCCGGAUGA